CGCAAGACCACCAACCACCCCAAGCUCCAAACAAGAACAACACCAACGACCGACGAAAGAAAUGAGAGCACAAAGGCAAAAACGAAAGCCAGAAACUCUCACAAUGCCUAUCCCGGACUCUUUAUUAUAUCCCGAUAGGUACGACGUAUCAGACGUCGAGGAUGAAAAACAAGAAGAACAAGAAGAGCGAGAAUACACCAAGUUUGAGCUCAAUCUUGGCGCUGAAACUCCUCGAACAGGGUCAAGCCUGACUCUGGACGAGGGUUACCUCGCAAGUCAGCUGCACGGUAUCAAGGAGGCGCCAGUCAGAGGAAAGCUGUGGCAUUCAUCUUCAUACUACGACAAACGUCGUCGUCGGGAUGCGCUCGAACACGAGAAGGAAAGUGGGAAAAUUGACAAGGAUUGUGGAAUCUGCUUUGAAGUUGCCACAUCACCAGCACGAACGCUUUGCUGUGGAAAACUGUUCUGUACCGAGCAUGUCACGGACUGGUUACAGGGACCCUCAUCUGACGGCCGGUGUCCCUCCUGUGGCGCGCUCAACACGGGAAUUCACACUUUACCAUCUUCGUCUACCAUCAAGUUAUACACACCGCCCCCAUCAUUGGCCGCUAGCAGACCUAUGUCACGAAACGAAGGUUUCGAACUCUCACCCUCCAUCACUAUCCAGAGUUCAUCGAGAAGGUCGACUUUGAGUUCGGAGGAGGAUACUUCUUCGGAGGAAGACUAUUCAUCCGCGUCGUCAGAGUCCUCUAAUCACUCAUGGGGAAGCCUCUCACACAAACCGCGCUCUAAGGCAUCUUCGGCAUCGUCGUUAUCUUUACCGUUCUUUGAUGUCGAGGCGGACUCAGUGCUGGCGGGUAAAGUUAUCGGAAACUUUUUAAGCUUGGUGGGGUUAACCCUAGUACUGUACGUUUUGGUUACAUGAGGGCCGUGUUCUCGGGUUUGGGUCUGUGUUUUACGAUUUUUUAAUGACUUUGCUACGAUCACUCGCACUCGCUCCUUUUGCUGUCUCUCUCUCGGGCUUCUGCAUCAUAUGGACUCGUCCUUCCUUCACUCAGAACUAUUUUUCUUUUGCGUCACAUAGGUACUCAUUCAUCAGUAUUCUUAUAAUCAAUCGGUGUAUUAUUUUAGCGUGUAAUUAUGACUUGGUGUACAUACAAUUUAUCAAGGGGAACGGGAAAUGACUGGAUU